UCUCUCUCCUCUUAGCAGUAAACAGCUAAGAAGACAAUGGUCAGGUCAAGUUUUGGCCUCUUUCUCAGCACCUUCAUCACUUCUAUCCAUAUAUCAAAUGCAACCCCUGUAUAAAUAGCCACCACUACUCCUCUAUUCGUUACACCAGCAACAAACCCAACCAAAGAUCAGAGCUACUGAUCAUUCCUCAUAUCUCUCUCUCUCUCUCUCUCUCUCUCUCUCAACCCCAUAUUUUCUCAUCUAGAUCAAAAUUAUGGCGUCUUUCUUUUCCCAACUCCUGAUCUUAAUCUCCCUCUUCCACGUCUCACUCGCUGCCAGGAAACUCACCGAGUUGGUCCAAGAUCAACCCAAUACACUAAUGCAAUACCACAACGGCCCUCUUCUUUCUGGCAAAAUGCCAGUCAAUCUCAUUUGGUACGGCAAAUUCACUCCUUCCCAACGAGCCAUAGUCUCCGAUUUCGUCACCUCGUUGUCUUCUUCCUCACCUCAAACCCAACCAUCUGUCGGCACGUGGUGGAAAACUACCGAGAAAUACUACGGCCUAGUUAAAUCCAAGAAAUUGUCUUCGCUUUCUCUCGCUCUUGGCAAUCAGAUACUUGAUGAGAACUACUCCUUGGGAAAAUCGCUCACUCAAAAACAAAUUGUGCAAUUAGCAUCAAAGGGAGAUCAGAUGAACGCCAUUAACGUUGUCCUCACAUCUGCCGACGUCACCGUCGAUGGGUUCUGUAUGAGCCGGUGUGGGACGCACGGGUCUUCCAAGGGCAAUGUCCAAGCAAAAGGGAAAAAUUACAAGUUUGCCUAUAUCUGGGUCGGCAACUCAGAGACUCAGUGCCCGGGCCAAUGCGCUUGGCCAUUCCACCAGCCCAUUUAUGGACCACAGAGUCCACCUUUGGUCGCACCCAACCAAGAUGUGGGUUUGGAUGGAAUGGUGAUCAACUUGGCUACCCUUUUGGCCGGGACCGCCACAAACCCAUUUGGAAAUGGCUACUAUCAGGGACCUGCUGAUGCCCCAUUAGAAGCCGCAUCGGCUUGUCCAGGAGUUUACGCCAAGGGAGCAUUCCCUGGCUACGCAGGGAACCUUUUGGUGGACUCUACGACGGGUGCUAGCUACAAUGCUCAUGGUGCUAAUGGGAGAAAAUACUUGGUUCCGGCUCUUUUUGAUCCUGCCACAUCGUCGUGUUCCACUUUGGUCUGAAUCGUUUGAUGUUAGAGAUGUGUACGAAAGGGAAAAGCUAUAUAUAGGGCGAGCAAAAGUACUUCCGAAUUACUUAGGCAUUCAUUUAAUUCAUUUUGUAUAGCCUUGUUCAAUAUAAUUGUUGCACUAUCUAUGAUAUGAUUCGAAACUUUUGAAAA